CGGUAUCAGAUGACUAGAAUAAUAGCGGGGUUCCCCAAUCUGCGAAUUUAGCCUAUUCUAUCUCCGACGUUUCUUUAUUUCUACCAGGAUUUCUCAGAGAUCUCUCUCUUGCUAUCCUGUCUUUUUGUCACUGCACUGCAACUAAAGUUGCCAACCUUACUCACAUCAGACAAAAUGGCCUCAGAACGAACCGGGCUGGAGGUUCUCCGGGAAGCAACCAUCGUUGAUUGCGACACAAUGGAUGAAGAAGUGGCAAAGAAACUGGGAAAAUUCCAGGAUUGUACCUCCAACCAGGCAAUUGCAUAUGGCGAACUUUCGAAACCGAAGCAUGCGGACCUGCUUCGUGCUUCAGUGAAGGACGCAAAGGAUCUCACCAACUCAGAACACUCUCCGAGUAUUAGUCUGGCAGAAUUGACAAUCGAAAUUGCGAUGGUCCGGUUAGCUUUGAAGAUUGCACCACACCUCACCGGUCGUGUUCACAUACAAACGAAUCCGUAUUAUUCUUACUCCACGGAAAAGACGAUCUUGAAUUCACAGAGGAUUGUUCGUAUUUUCCUCUACCUAAACCCAAGCUUCGACCCGUCUCGGAUUUGCAUCAAGAUCCCCAGUACCUGGGAGGGCUUGAUGGCUUGCCGCGCACUUGAACUGGAGGGAAUCCCGACACUGGCCACCACUUUAUUCGCCCUAUGCCAAGCUGCUCUAGCAGCAGAAGUCGGCUGCACAUACAUCGCUCCAUAUGUCAAUCAGCUAAAAGUACAUUUCCAACCAGGAUUCGUGGAUCCUGCUAAACUCUUAUCAUUCUGUGUCUCCGUUCAACGCUACUACAAGGCUGUCGCAGUCACGAAAACUAAAGUUCUGCCAGCUAGUCUGACGUCGACCGAGGAGAUAUUUGCACUAAAGGGAGUCGACCACAUUACUAUUGCGCCUGGUCUUCUUGAGCAGUUAGCAAGCCCUGGCUCAGCACCGACUACCCCUUCUCUCUUCGACCAGGAUGGAAGUGCGAUCGAACCCGUACCGAAAGCAAAGAUGUCUUACCUUAAUGAUCCCGCUGCGUAUCGUUUGGCGUUUGCGAGAGAUCUCAAUGGUGAAAGUGCGGGAAAGCUUGCCCAGGCAAUCAGUAUAUUCUGCGACAUGCAGGAUAAAUUAGAACAGCUCGUGACUCCUUUCCUUGAAGAGUAAAACUGUCUCAGAGCAACGCUUUUUACCUGUAGGAACAGUCCAGAUGAAACGCAUGCAUUUUCGAUUAGAGUCCUUCUUUUGAAGCUGCUCAUUGGUUCGAUGCUUAUAGAAUUGCGUGGUUCUCAAUCCUGCAUCACCUACGGCAGAGAAGGGAGCAUUCAUGUUAGUAAUUGUAGGUCUAGAGUGAAUCAUAUUCUCUUUUCCAUAGGGACACAUUUUAAUUUAAUGUAUCAGAAUGCCCGAAAUAGUUGAAGGAGUUAGCUGAUGUCUAUGA